GGAUGCUAGCUGAUGAAUUGAUUACGUUCCGGAUGUUCCGACUCUUAAAAGACAUGCGCGAUGCACGCGUUUUUGGUGGUCCUCAAUGUCCCUACUCCGGGUAUCUCGAAAGUCACUCAGAGCCUAUAUCUUUCUGGUCAUCUUUGCUUGUACUUUCGUAGUAUUCACCCUAGCACCACAUCACUCAGUGGUCAGUGGUAACAUCUCUGCGAAGUUCACACCGUAUCUCCAUCGAGCAUAUCAAGCACGCUGGUCUGCACCUGCAGCACCAACAUGGGAUCUAGACUCUAAUACCCUAUACCCCGAACCACCACCACCACCACCACCACCACCACCACCACCUCGCCCCUCCCACACUUUCCGCCCAGAUGGUUUACUCCAAGUGCACCCAGGUGGUAGACACCCUAUCCUCGACCUCAUCGAGCACGCAGAAAAAGAAUGGGACGCGAAACUCGCACGCGCCAGUAAAACACUACCCGAAGCAGUUCGCGAGUACCACCGCAGAUACUCCAGAGCACCUCCACCUGGCUUCGAUAGAUGGUGGGCUUACGUCCAAAAGCACAACGUCCAGCUCCCAGACGAAUACGACCAGAUCAACCUUGACCUCGCUCCCUUCUGGGGUAUAAACCCUACACGUCUCCAAGAAAUACAACGUGCUCACGAAAGCCACUACCAUAGCUACACCUUCGUUAAAUCAACCCCCUCAGGACCUGUUCACAUAGGAAAUGAAUCACUUCCCACAGACGAAAAAACUCGCAAACAGUUAUUAGUAGCCGGUAACCAGCUCCUAAAGUUAAUGGAGGAUGUACAAGACGAGUUGCCGCUGUUUAGAGCUGUGUUUAGCCCCCAUGACAACCCAAAUGUCUUUCUUACCCAUGACAUGAGAAGCGAGGUUGUCGAGGCCGGCAAAAAGGGUGAACCACUUGACCUCCAAUCCCAAGACCCACCGCCUUACAUCCGCGGCUGGAUGCACGCUUGCCCUCUAAACAGCAUCGCACGCAACCCACCACCCUCCCCGCCCCCACAUACCCCCAAACCCAAAACAUUCAUCCAUGAUCACCUCCUCUCCAUGGACCCCUGCGUGCACCCUUCCCACCUCACCCAGCACGGCCAGUUCCUGACCCACGGCCCGGGCCCCGUCGCAUACCCCUUCCCAAUCCCACAGUUCAGCUAUUGCAGCAGCCCAUUGCAUUCUGAUAUCCGGGUGCCGAUUAUGUUGAGUUGGGUGGAAGAUGUUGAUGGUGUGGAAGAUGGGGACCUAGAGGAAGCGUGGAUUGGGAAGGAGGAGGAGAGGUUACUUUGGAGGGGAUUGAAUACGGGGAUUCACCACGGAAAGGAUCAGCCUUGGAAGGAUGCGCAGAGGGGGCGCUUAAUGGAUCUUGUUUCUUCUCCCUCCUCUCUCCCUCAGAAGCUUGCCACUGCCCAGCCAAAAACGAUAGAUGUCCUUCUCACCGACCCUUCAUCCGCUGACGGCAUGAUAACGCAGACCCUGAAAAAAUCGAUCGUGAACCCUGCGAUGAUGGAUAUAGCGUUCGCUGGCAAACCAGGUCAGUGUGAGGUGGAGGUGUGUAAGGAGGUGGAGGAAAGGUGGGAGUGGAGGCGAAGGAUGGGCUUUAGGGAGGCUGGGAGGUACAAGUAUGUCCUUGAUGUGGACGGGAAUGGCUGGUCGAGUCGGUUCAAGAGGCUCAUGAUCAGUAAUUCGGUUGUGUUCAAGUCUACAGUGUAUCCUGAAUGGUUCACCCACCGCAUCGCUCCCUGGGUGCAUUACAUCCCCAUCCAAGUCGACUACUCUGACCUGUACGAUGCCCUCGUCUUCUUCCGCGGGGACCCGAGCGGGAAGGGUGCACAUGAAGACCUUGCAAAGAAGAUUGCGAGGACGGCGAGGGAGUGGAGUUUGGAUUUUUGGAGGCGGGAGGAUAUGAUUGCAUACUUGUAUAGGUUAUUCCUCGAGUAUGCAAGAGUUAUGGACUCGGAUCGGGAUUCACUUAAUUUCGAGUUGGAAUCGUAGGAUUCGGACCUGGAUUCGUCGAGACUUCUAGAGCAUGCAUUCUUUGCGCGUAUUAAAUGGCAGACAUAAUACACGCUUAUACCUCGCACAUACCGCGCGUGUUUCAUACCUCAACAUGUAUUUAUUCUUGUACCGGCCG